AAAAUCAUAUGUUCUUCUGAGUCUGCACUAUUACUGCACUAAUGCAGUUUUCAUAUAAACCUAGCAUGGCGCUAAUGCUGCAUCAGUUUUCCCAGUGGAAAACGCUAUAAGACGCUAAUGCGGUUCUGAUUGGUUUAUGACACCUCAAGGCUGAACUUAAGACGGUCUUAAAUAUAAAAUCUGACUAUGAAUUAAGAACUUGCUUGAAAUUAAGAACGGACUAUGGAUUCUGGCCUAUGAAUCAGAAUGCGUUUUUAUCUCUAAAAUUCUAUAAUAUGCGUAACGUAAACUAUAGUAUAUUAACGCGCUAACAUCGUUGUAAGCACGUUCUGAAUACGAGAAAUGUCGUGUAAAAUGGAACUUAUAAAAAAUAUUUUGGAGAAAGUGGCAAAUGGCAAAGGCUUUGGUCGAUGUAUGAAAAAUGUAAAGUUGUUGUCAGCUGGCGAUGGAAAGUGCAAAGCACAAUUUACUGUGGCUGAGGAACAUUUGAAUAUUGGUGGUUUUUUACAUGGCGGUUUUACUAGUACUAUUAUAGACUGUGUAUCUUCAUAUGCAAUAAUAACUCACAAAACUGAUCCUCCUCCUGGUGUUUCUGUAGAUCUGCACGUGACGUUUUUGAAGGCUGCAUUUCCUGGUGAAACAGUGACGAUUGAUGCUGAAACUAUACGUGCUGGAAAGAAUUUGGUUUUUCUCGCGGUAGAACUCACAAAGAACGAUGGUAAGGAUGUUGUUGCCCGUGGGCAACAUACAAAAUAUGUUGGAUUGCCAUUUAGACAAUGAAACUGCAGAAGAUCAGUUUGAUUUGAAUGUUGAUAAAUGUACAUAAAAUAAAAAGUAGAAUACACUGUAAUUAAUACGUGUACGUAUACAUAUAUAUAUGUAUAAUAUAUGUAUA